AGUAAUGGCCGCCCAUUGACGUGAAGCGUCUUUCCUCUGCAGUUGUAGUCUCUCAGGACUCUGAACAACAGCACUAAGUAUAAUAAAUAUAACAUUAAGCCGUUAUCAUGAGCGAGGAUCACUUCUACCUGGAGCUCUGUGAGAACCCGGUCCAGUUUGAACACGCCUCGAGCGUCAACAACGUCUUCUUCGACGAGGCUAACAAGCAGGUGUUUGCGGUGCGUUCAGGUGGAGCCACAGGUGUGGUGGUCAAAGGGCCGGACGACAAGAGCAGCGUUGCCUUCAGAAUGGACGAUAAAGGAGAAGUGAAGUGCAUCAAGUUCUCAAUUGGAAAUAAGAUCUUAGCGGUUCAGAGGACGUUAAAGUCUGUGGAUUUCAUCAACUUCAUACCCGACUAUCCGCACACAGAGUUCACUCAGGAAUGCAAGAUGAAGAACGCGAGUGUUUUAGGAUUCUGUUGGACGAGCUGGAACGAGAUCGUCUUCAUCACCGACCAGGGAAUAGAGUUCUACCAGGUGUUUCCAGACAGGCGCAGCCUGAAGCAGCUGAAGAGUCAGAGCAUCAGUGUGAACUGGUACCAGUUCUGUCCUGAGACGUGCGUCCUGCUGCUGUCCACCACGGUGCAGGGCAACGUGCUGCAGCCCUUCUUCUUCAAGAGCGGGACGAUGUCUAAGAUGUCUAAGUUUGAGAUCGAGCUCCCCGUCGUCCCCAAACCGGCCAAACUCAGCCUGUCAGAGAGAGACAUCGCCAUGGCAACCAUUUAUGGUCAGCUGUUUGUGAUGUACCUGAAGCAUCACUCAAGAACAGCAAACAGUCCCAGUGCAGAAGUGGUGCUGUAUCACCUACCCAGAGAGGGUUCCUGUAAGAAGUCUCACGUGUUGAAUCUGAACACGACGGGGAAGUUUGCUCUGAACAUCGUUGAUAACUUGGUGGUGGUUCAUCACCAGAGCUCUCAGGUUACAUCUCUUAUCUUUAUAAAUUAGUGCUGGGCAACGAUUAAAAUAUUUAAUCACGAUUAAUCGCAUUGUUAUGGCAAAGUUAAA